AAUUGAAUCUAUUCGGCGAGCUGCCUAAGAUUUCCCAGACGAGUUCUACCUGCUAGUCUAGCUUGUUGCUGGAUUGUUAGUCUUAGUGGUCUGUCGAUUGUUCCUGUUGUUCCUGAUGGUGAACGAAGAGGCUCAGGCUUCUGCCUUGCUACUUGUGCCCAGAGGUUCCUGCUUUCUGCGUUACUUAGCUGCACCCCUCUCGCCCUGGGGUCAGCCUCCAGCUGCCUCUUGUAGGUUGCGCGCGGUGCUCCCCUGCCUCUCCUGUAGCCCUGCACCCGCUCCCCUUCUGCUGCUAAAGCGAUCCGCGCCCAUCUUGUCGCUGGGUAUCGCACUAGGUGCCUGAUGUAUCUGAGUCGCCUCUGCUCGACUAUGCUGCUGAGCUGUUCCUGCCCAGUCCUCUCCAGCAGGUCCGCCGUGCGGAUGUGGUCGGCUUUCGUGGCUCCAAUGCAAGAGCGUAGCUUCUUGUGCCGCCAUGUGUCGAGCGCUGCCCUCGUCUUGUUUGUUAGUGUCCAGGCCUCGGAUCCCCAGAGCGCUACCGGCAACACGAACACCCUCAAGAUGCGUAUCUUUAGCUCCCCGCUAAUGUUCUUGCGCGCGAAGACCCUGGAGAGCUCCCCGCUUUUCUUCUGGACCCGUUCUAUCCUGCUGAGGCCAUCCGCUUCGUCGUCUCCGUCUUGGGUUAGUGUGCUGCUGCUGCCUAGGUAGGUGAAAGCGCGCACCCGCUCGACCUUGCCCUGCACCAGGGUGAGCCUGCCGGCUUCCGAGGCCCCCUCCGCCUGACCGCUGCGGUCGAACUCUACACACUUCGUCUUUGCGAGGUUGACCGUCAGGCCGUGCUCUAACAUCGUGUCCACCAGCCUUUGCGUGGCUCCCCUUAGGCUCUCCUCGUCUUCUGCUAGCGGCGCGAUGUCGUCAGCGUGUAGCAGAUGGUCUAGUCGGACUACUCCUACUGCGGUACCCUCGUCCUUUUCUAGUAGUUUUGUUCUGUGCAUCUUGGCUCCUUCUCCUAGAUCAGUCCGCUCUAGGGCGUAGUUUAUCCACAUGCUGAAGAUGAGGGGCGACAAGAGGCAGCCCUGCUUAGUGCCGGCGGUCGUGCUCCUUGAGUCACUGACAGCUGCCUCCCUGCGUACUGCGAAGGCGUGUCCCCUGUACAAAGCCCGGAAGUUCCUCCGUAGCUGCUGUGGUAUGUGGUAUGCCUCGAAGGCCCUGGCCACCAGUUUGCGUGGCACCGUGUCGAGCGCCUGCGUCAGGUCCACAAAGCAGACAGAUGCGGCGCGCCCCACUGCUGCCCUUGCCUGGAUCGCUAGCUUUAGCGCCAGGCGGGUGUUACCUACCGCUCUCCUGUAGGGCCGACGUCCUGCCUGCGCCUCAGAGAGUAUUCUGCCUAUUGGGCCAACAAGCCUGACUGAGGUAUAGCGCAGAUGCGAAGAUCUUUGCGAAGAAAUUAAAAGACUCUUACCCAUGCCGAAAAGAUUCAAGCCAUCUUAGCGAUACAACGGAAUUCGACGGCAGAGGAGCGCCUCGCUAUCAGUGUCCCAGCGCCAGUUGUUUACCAGUUCUAGUAGUUGUUGGACGACUUGGGCCCUCUUAUCACGGGUUCUUGCGUCCGUGGUCCAAAGUCAAGACAUUAGAGUAUCAGGAGUAGCUUCUUGAUGCUGCAGCUUGACGCUAUCUUCUCUGUAAAAAGUAGCAGUACCUUUCCUGUAAGGCGACCGCGAACAUCAGUCAACAGUAAGUCCAAGUUUUGUGGUGCGCCGCCGCGAUGAAGAACGACAGUUUAGCGCUCGAAAAGCAGCAAGAAAACGCCUCUCUGACCGCCACUACACCAGUUCCCACGACGUUGCUCUUAAGACUAUUAUUCCACCUACUUAUUCUUACUAGGCUCAGUUGUUCUUAUCUCAGCAAUUUUCUAUGUAUGCGUCCCACUGAAAAGGAGAGGUGGACAGUCAGCAUUGGGGCAUUGGGAGGUACUCGUGAUGCUACUUCAGGACGACGGUAGUUCUAACUCUUUGUUGAAUAUGGAAAUAGGUAGAAGUUUUAAUGUUAAUUGUCUUGUUCGUCCUGAAAGAAUAAGCUAAGGGCAGAGAACAAGUACUACAUCUCGUACCCGUCUAAUAAUCGAAGAAGCAGAGGAUCGUGGGGCAGCGCACACACAAAUAAUGGGAACGAAGAAAAUAGAGGAAGUCGGCGAGCCAUCUUCUACAGUGGUCGACCGCGAGAAUGAUGUUUGCAGUCAGCAGCAGGGUGACGAUGUCGAAGACGACUUAGUUGAAGUAGAUGCUGAAGAUGAUCAGCUGCAUCAGUUUCCGCGACACCCAGAUUUAGAAACAAAUCACGCAAUAGUGGAAGUCGCAGAAGGCCUCUUCAUCACCGACGCCGAGGGCAUACGCGACCAAAGUGCAGUCUUGCAUUUGCGCCCAAGGGGGAUUGUUAGUGUCUUAUGCUGAGCAAUAAUAAAGACGUGAAGAAAUAACAUUUUGAACAUCUUCAUCUUCAGCUUCAUAAAAAUCCAAGUAAGAAAGACACGAAACAAUGAAUGACGAACGCAAAACAGAGUACACUGAGUUGCAACCGACGACGUCAUCCCUUCAUAUUCAUGUGUCAUCGUCAUGAUAAAUUUCCCAUUGUAGGACUAAAAGACUCAUCUGCUGAUCCUUUUCGAACAGAAGGUUGAAAUGUUGCAGAUAAAUGAAAUUUGCUUUUCUCGUUCAUACUUCGGGCAAGAAUUCCAGACGUGGCCGGAGCUUCACAAGACGGUGCUCCACGAAGCGGGACAAACCACAUUAUACCACAACGUGCACAAACUGCUUGACCUUGGAGAAGAAUUUGUAGCGGACGACGACUGCAAAGAGCCACCAGAUACACCCCAGGACGAAAUAGAUAUACUACGACUAUAA